CCAUUUGACCAGCUGCUAUGUCCGGGUUCAUCAUUAAUUCUCGCAGGUUUUUAGGCGCAUUGCUUAGAAACUCGGUUCGGGGAUAGUUCCAUCCGUCUCCCAUUCUGUACCGGUGUCAGUGAAUACGUACUGCUUAAAAUCCGGCAGAAAAUCGCGCUGACGAAAUCCUUCACUGGCGGGUGGAAAGCCUGUGAUUCUAUGCUUUUUACAAAGCAAGGCAUGCUUCUCUUUCCAUGGGCCUUCAUCCUGGCUAGCUUCUUGAAUUUUCAAAAGAAAGUUCAUGGAUGCAAAAUUGUCCCGUGGUUCCCCGAGUUCAAUGGAACGUGGUUACAAAACCACAUUAUCCAGAACCUCACGACCCCGACGUCAAACCAAUGCCAAGCCACAUGCUUCGCGAAUGACAGCUGUCGAUCAUACAAUUUUUGCCAAGAGCUGGAGCUUUGCCAGCUCAGCAACUCGGAUCACGUGGAACACCCGGAUGACAAGGUGCCGAGGAAGGGAUUUGUCUACCGGGGAACCGAGAAUGCUUGCGCGUCUGGCCCAUGUCCUUCUGUCCUUCUCUGCCAGGCCGACUUUGUUCACGACUCGUAUACAUGUGUAUGCCCUGCUGAGCAACCGGACUGUCUAACACAGCCACCCAUCAUCACGUGCGAGAACCAUAAAGCAGAAUAUUCGUGUCCACAAGGGACUGUCUUGGACAUCCAGUGGGCCUUGUUUGCCAGGUCCGCCCAAGAGCCGUGUCCCCAUUCAGCUAACAGCAUCUGCACCGCCCAAUACCCCCAGACCCUCGCCAAGGUGCGAGAGUACUGCCAGGGGAAGCGGUCGUGUAGUUUUCAUUCUAGCUCAUCAUUGGUGGGACGCGAUCCAUGCCCUAAUGUGUACAAAUAUCUCGAGACACGCUAUGCUUGUAAAUGGGUUCCUCUCUAACCAGUGACAUCACUUCCUGUCGGUGGCAAGCCAAUCCAGAACCCUUUUACCUUUGCACGCGAUAGAUUUCCAAGACUUAGAAAAAGGAAUUAAGCAUGUACCGGAUGUAGCACUGUUUGGUUUUACGUUAUAAAGCAAAAUGUUAUCCAUCAUUUUUUUUGUAGGCUAGUGUUUUCUUGACUUUUCUAUACGUCGUGAUCCUGAAUCUAAAUGUGUAAUAUAUCUUUACCCAAAGAUCGACUGUUAUAGGUCUACUCCGUAAAAUAGUUUUUAAAUAUGCAUUGUAUUUAUUAAGAAGCAUUAAUCUAUAAAAAAAAACUUGAUUUA